UCGGAUUGGCUGUUGAAGGUGAGAGACGGGCAGUAUCGAAAUAUUUCCUGUUUGUGUGAGAACAGGUUUGUCCUGCGGCAACGGGCGAAGCACUCCCACAAAAAGGUGUGAUCUUUCUCGUUCGUCAUAUCGAAAUCUGCGGGCUUCAUCCAACUUCUUAAACUUCAAAUAUCAUUUGGAUUUUUUUCUUGGAAGAGCAACCCGUCAGGUGUUCCGAGCACUAGUUUUGACCUUUGGACAGAGUCAACGGUUGCUUCAAUAUAAGCAGCAGCCACAUGGACACUUGGAAAAGCCUUUGCUCUCAUCGGAGCGUUCCCAUCGAGGUGGACGAGGGCACGCCGCCCUCCGGCCUCUCCUUCGACUGGGCCCCCGAUUGCCAGCGGCGCAGCGGACCGGGGAACAGCGCAAGCCGGGAGCCAAGUGGGGAAAUGAGCAUCCAUACGAAGCGGGACAGACUUCUUCAGCGUUAUUUCCAGAGUGAACUGAAAACCACGAGUCCUCCUGCCUGCGCCCGGGGCGCCUGGCUUUGGCUUCCGAGACCGGGGGAGAGUCGCCGUUGUGAUUUUAGCCAAGCUCAAAACGAGCUUCAGUGUUCGUUGGAUGAGGAAGACGGCUUGGAGCCACCUUUGACACUUAGGUCAGAAGUCAACAGCACCUACGACAUCCCGUCGCACGACCCGGCAGCACAUAUUCAAGGCCAGUCCAAGUGCUCGGAAGACACAAUGGAUGUUGUGUCUCAAUUCGUUGCAGGCCUCCGCCCAAAGCCGGAGAGUUGCUGUCGACGCUGCGCGUGUCAAUGUCAGAGGGCUGCACCCUUGGCGCCGCCGUGGAACCAUCCAGGAAACAAAACGCAAUAUGGCAACGUUCCAAAUGUCACAAACGCCCUUCAACGAGCGCAAGCCGGGGCGGCUCCCGGGGCUGUCGUGUGCGAGGUCGGUUUCAAUGACCCCCUUCGAGUAGAUUUCGGACCGGGUACGAGGGAGACCAGGAGGACCGUCACGCUCCCCGAUGAAUAUCGGAACGUGUUCAUCACAUAUUCAGUCGACACGGCGGAGCAAAUGACGGCCCUCAGCAAAUUCCUAACAAGUCAAGGCUUCAAACCCGCAAUUGACAUUUUUGACAAUCCAACCAUCCGAAUGGGCAUCACCAGAUGGAUGGACAGAUUUUUAAAUGACAAAUCCGUCCUCAUCAUCGUGGCAAUCAGCCCCAAGUACAAGGAGGAUGUGGAGGGGGAUGCCGACGACGAGCACGGGCUACACACCAAGUACAUCCACAAUCGGAUCCAGAAUGAAUUCAUCCAACAAGGCUGCCUGAAUUUCAGACUCAUCCCAGUGUUGUUUUGCAACGCCACAAAGAAACACGUCCCCGGUUGGCUUCAGAACACAAGGAUCUACAGGUGGCCUCGAGACACGCAGGACCUGCUCUUGCGCUUGCUGAGGGAGGAACGCUACAUCGUCCCGCAGCCGGAAGCAUCCCUCACCCUCACAAUUCGGCCACUCUGAAAGAAACGACGCCAAGACGCGCCAACGGCGUUCCAGAGGAAAGCUCCGGCGGCCGUCUUCACUUCUCUCCGUCUUUUUGACUCAUGAUCGAUUCUAUCAUCUUGGGAGCGCCAGAGAUUUCUGCGCCGUCGUGUUUGAAAUGAGAUCAGAUGAUUCCAAUUUGAAGCGCAUCGGGAACCCUACCAAGCCCGGAGUGUGAUGCCCAUAAGAUUGCUGCCGUGUGUUCAUCCGCAGCACGUUCUCCGCGUGUCUUUAGUGUCGUUCAUCGUUCCUGACAGGUUUCACCCGAAGGUGGCAGCACGUCUCAAAUAAUCCAAACCACUCGCAGCGGAGUGUGGCAGACGACACCCUCAACUAGUCGCGAGGCACAAUAUGGAGACGAACAACCAACAAACACAAAAAAAAUAAAAAUAAAACACAAUGCAGUCCGAACAAGAAAUCAGUCUUGAAAAGUUUCAACUUCAGCAUGCUCAGCGCUGCACCCCCACCAGGCCGUUUCCUACACCUGACCAAAAAUGGCGUGUUCUCUGAAGUACGAUCCGAGCUUCACACAUUUGAUCGGAUCCUGCAUGAGCCCACUUCCUGCCUGCCAAGGCCCAUCAAUCUCACUUUUAUUGGUCCACAAAUACGGGCCACUCGUCUCUGCCUUAUCUUCGGAGUCCAAAGCAGCCAGACACACAGACGUGUUAUCAGAAAGGGCUACAAAAGAUAUUGCCCUAAAAGAGCCAUUUCUAAACCUUAUUCCCAACCGUUGUCCUUGCAGGACAGCUAUUCGAGCGUUGUUAUAACAGUUCCAACUUUUGAUAAGUGUGAAUGACAACUACAGGCUUAGAGAGUCACUGCCAGAGAUGCUUUGAGUCUCUCCAUCACACAAUUGUCCGGUGU